GCAGCGCCUGCUGGGAGCCACGUCUCAGCUGGCCCAGGGCCUCGCGGUGAUUGGCGUCGGGCGGCGCUCCGGGGGCUGCUGGGAAGAUGGCGGACUUGGUGGCCCGCUGAUGAGGAGGCCGCGGGGGGAGCCCGGCUCCCGGGCCCCGAGACCGACUGAGGGAGUGACCUGCGCGGGGCCCGGGGAGUCAUGGUCUCCAUCACCCAACUUCAUGCUUCGAGUCCUGCUUUCUGCCCAGGCCUCCCCUGCUCGGCUGUCUGGCCUGCUGCUGAUUCCCCCAGUACAGCCUUGCUGUUUGGGGCCCAGCAAGUGGGGGAACCGACCCCUUGGAGGAUGCCCCAAUGCAGGCCCUGUGCAAGGGCUGCAGCGACUUCUGGAACAGGCAAGGAGCCCUGGGGAGCUGCUGCGUUGGCUGGGCCAGAACCCCACCAAGGUGCGCGCCCACCACUACCCCGUGGCACUUCGUCGUCUGGGCCAGCUCUUAGCAUCUCAGCCACAGCCCCCUCCUGUGGAGCAGGCCACACUGCAGGACUUGAGUCAGCUCAUCAUCCGUAACUGCCCCUCCUUUGACAUUCACACCAUCCGUGUGUGUCUGCACCUUGCAGUCUUACUUGGCUUUCCAUCAGAUGGGCCCCUGGUGUGUGCCCUGGAACAGGAGCGAAGGUUCCGCCUCCCUCCAAAGCCACCUCCCCCUUUGCAACCUGUCUUCUGUGGUGGGCAAGGGUUGGAAGCUGCUUUGAGCUGCCCCCGUUUCCUGCGGUAUCCACGGCAGCAUCUGAUCAGCAGCCUGGCAGAGGCCAGGCCAGAGGAACUGACCCCCCAUGUGAUGGUGCUCCUGGCCCAGCACCUGGCCCGACACCGGUUGCGGGAGCCCCAACUUCUGGAAGCCAUUGCCCACUUCCUGGUGGUCCAGGAAGCCCAGCUCAACAGCAAGGUGGUGCAGAAGUUGGUUCUGCCUUUCGGGCGGCUGAACUACUUGCCAUUGGAACAGCAGUUUAUGCCCUGCCUUGAAAGAAUACUAGCUCGGGAAGCUGGGGUGGCACCCUUGGCCACAGUCAACAUCUUAAUGUCACUGUGCCAGCUGCAGUGUUUGCCCUUCAGAGCCCUGCACUUUGUUUUUUCCCCUAGUUUCAUCAACCACAUCAGUGGCACCCCUCAUGCUCUGAUUGUGCGUCGCUACCUCUCUCUGCUUAACACUGCUGUGGAGCUGGAGCUCCCAGGAUACCGGGGUCCCCGCCUUCCCCGAAGGCAGCAAGUGCCCAUCUUUCCCCAGCCUCUCACCACUGACCGUGCCCGCUGCAAGUACAGUCACAAGGACAUAGUAGCUGAGGGACUGCGCCAACUGCUGGGGGAGGAGAAAUACUGCCAAGAUCUGACUGUCCCUCCAGGUUAUUGCACAGACUUCCUGCUGUGUGUCAGCAGCUCUGGUGCUGUGCUUCCUGUGAGGACCCAGAAUCCCUUUCUGCCAUACCCACCACGGUCCUGCCUACAAGGCCAGGUUGCCUCUAACCCCACUACCAGAGACCCUGCUCAAAGGGUGGUGCUGAUGCUGCGGGAACGCUGGCAUUUCUGCCGUGAUGGCAGGGUACUACUGGGCUCACGGGCCCUGAGGGAGCGGCACCUGGGCCUAAUGGGCUACCAGCUCUUGCCCCUGCCCUUUGAGGAACUGGAGUCCCAGAGAGGCCUGCCUCAGCUCAAGAGCUACCUGAGGCAGAAGCUCCAGGCCCUGGGCCUCCGCUGGGGGCCUGAAGGGGGGUGAAGGGAUUCAGGUGGGGUUUAGGAUAGCCCCCCAUGGGGGGGUGACAAUUUGCACUUUGGCCUCCUAUGUUUUGGUUUUUCAUUAAAGUCCCUUUCCUUCCC